AUGGGAGAGAAUGAGAUGGUUGCAGAGUAUAUUGGCAUAAUUCAGAGUGUUGCAAACAUGAUGAGGGCCUGUGAUAAAGUUGUGAAAGACAAGAAGAUGGUAGAAAAGAUUCUUAGAACGUUGACUAAGGAAUACGAUCACAUAGUCGUUGCGAUAGAAGAGUGUAAGGAUCUUGAUAAGAUGAAAGUUGAGGAAUUGCAAAACUCCCUCGAAGCCUAUGAACAAAGGUUGAUAGAAAGAAGGAACCAGGCACUGCAAGCGAGAAGCAAUCAAAGCUUCAAGAAUCGAGGGAGAGGAAGAGGAAGAUCACACGGAGGACGCAGUGGUGGAAGAAACUCGGAACCAUCAGAUCAAAACAGUGAUAGCAAUAGCAAUGAGUAG